AUGAAGAAUGCAAAGACAAAGAAGCAACCCAAAAUCAUCUAUUACCUCUCGGCACCUCUGAGAUUACUUAGCAGUUGCAGAGAUUUCUACACAAACACGCUCUGCGAUUGUGGAAGGAUAGGCCACGUAGGCCAGAUGGCCAGCUACGUGGCAAUACCUCAUCAACUCUCACACUCCUCAUUCUCGAGAUCAUCUAGUUUUAAGGAGAGCAAAGACAUUGAGGAUUUGAGGGAGCUUAUUAGAGUGAUGACUUUGAAGAACACCGAGAAGCAUAGAACAAAUGCAAAUGAUGGGAGAAAGGUGAAGGCCAUUGUGGAUAAUAGUUCGAGUGGGAGGAGUUAUAGUGGUGGGGUUGGCCAGAUAGGGAGGAUAGAUGAAGAUGCGCCUUGUGAGUUCGUCCAAGUUGUUGAUGUUAACAAGAGUUCUUAUCCGAGGUGUAGAAGCUAUGCUCGGACCACGACUAGAAGAGUUUUACUUUAG